GAUAGAAUGAAAUAGGCAAAUGGCCGACACGUCAAAGAGUAAUAUUACGUUAGCGGGAAAAAGAAUUUUUUGGCCUGUCGUUUUCUAUAUAUCUUGACUUUCUGAAGCUAUUGUAAAUAAUAAAUUUGUGGUAUGAUAUCCGUAGAUAGCAACGGCAAGCUUCAAGAUGAGGAAAGCACUAGUGAAAAUGGAUCGGACGAAUAUCCAAGAAUACCUAUUUCCUCGUUAGAUAGACCUAAAGAAUGGACUUAUACUAUGAGAAGAUGCAUGCAGAAAGUGGUACCUGGUUUGUAUCUCGGACCAUACAGCGCUGCGAGUCGAGCCAAAUUGCAAUCUUUGAUAGAACACGGCAUCACUCAUAUAGUCUGCGUUAGACAAGAUAUAGAAGCACAUUUUAUACGGCCAAACUUUCCUGAUAGAUUCAAGUAUCUGGUCUUGGAUAUAGCCGAUACUGCCACAGAAAAUAUAAUACAACAUUUUCAAAGGGUUAAAGAAUUUAUAGACGAAGGUAUAAAUUCCGGUGGUCAAGUUCUAGUUCAUGGUAAUGCAGGGAUAUCGAGAUCAGCCGCAUUAGUUUUAGCAUAUGUAAUGGAAACUUAUGGACUUUCACAAACUCAUGCAUAUGCCAUAGUACAACAAAGGAGAUUUUGCAUAAAUCCGAACGAAGGAUUCAUGGCACAAUUAAGAGAGUACGAGCCUAUAUAUCAAGCGCAAAAAACAUUGAGGAAUGGUCAACAGAGUUCUAUAAGACAACGAAGCAAAAGAACGAUUCAUCAAAUGGAUACUGAACGAGUCGAAGAUAGAACAAAUGCAAUGGAUAGUUGAUAGCGAGUAAAAAUAUGCCAAAGUUACCAAAAGACUUAAUUUAUAUUAAAAAAGAAUUUAAGGUAGUACAUUAUACCUUAUCGUAUUUCAGCUAAUCACUGAAAUAUAGAUUAUUAAAAAGACAUUAAAUUCAAAUGUACCAGUAUUUAAGUGACUGGUUGUAACAUAUUUUGGAUUUAAACAAUAAAACGAUCUAUAAUAAUCUAAAAAAGAAAAAAAAACAAAAGGAAACAGAAAAAAAAAGACUUCGAUAGAGCUAUUUCUAUAGCUACUAUGUAAAUUUAAACAUUAAAAUAUACUCAUUUCCAUUAGUAUGUAAAUUGUAUGUAAUAUUAUCAGUUUUAUAAAAUGAACGCCGUGAUAUUCUACAUGUAACAAUCUUUUAUUUACUAAGCUUUUAAAUACAUCUUUAUUAUUGUCAUCGAUAAAUCAUAAAGAAAUAUAAAUAAUAUUUUCGAUGAACUUUUCUUACCAGUUUGUUAAUUUUUACGAACUUUCAUAAUAUACCAAGAAAUACUUCCAUAUGCCAGAUUUAUCGAAAUAUAGGCAUAAUAAACAUUGUCUAAGGAUUAUUUCAUAAUUUUAAUUUUUAUAAAUCAAUUAUACUUAUAAUAAUUACAGACCAAUAUCAUUAAGAACAUAAUUAAUUGAAAAUAGUAAAUAAUUAUAAGUAAAAAUAAUCAUAUUCACAUAUAUGAGGUUUCUAUUUAAUUUUUACUGGUAUUUUAACACAAAUAAUAUCCUCUUUAUUCUCAUUUUGAAGUUCCCACUUAACUGUAACUGACAACUGUAAAUAACGAUAAAAAAAAAUGUUAGAAAUA